AUGAUCAGGACGAACCUUCCCGAGAUGACUAUGAAACUUCCCGAGAGUAAUCACACCACCAACCACCACCACUCAACCACAAAUCAUGACAGUGAAUGCACCGUGCGAGAGCAAGAUCGCUUCAUGCCAAUAGCCAACGUGAUCAGAAUCAUGCGGAAGAUCCUUCCUCCACAUGCCAAAAUCUCUGACGAUGCCAAGGAAACAAUCCAGGAGUGCGUGUCUGAGUACAUCAGCUUCAUCACAAGUGAGGCCAACGAACGCUGCCAACACGAGCAGCGGAAGACCAUUACCGCCGAGGACGUGCUUUGGGCCAUGAGCAAGCUGGGUUUCGAUGACUACAUCGAGCCACUCACCGUGUACCUCCACCGUUACCGUGAUUUCGAUGGUGGUGAUCGUGGUGGCUCAAUCAGGGGUGACUCAUUGGUGAAGAGAGCAUUUGAAUCUGGACCAUUGGGCGUUGCUGGCUAUGCACCAGUUUUCCACAUGGGUCCUCACCACCAUGGGUUCUUCGGAGCUGCAGACACGGGUGGUUACUUGAAGGAUGCAUCGAAUGCAAGUUCAUCGACCCAGGCUGCAGUGGCUGGCUUUGAGCCCUAUGCCCAGUGUAAGGAGUAA